CAUUAUUUCAUAAACUACCAUUAAAUUAAGAUAAGCAUCACGCGUCACCUUUACUUUCGCCUGUCACGCGUUUACGUUUUUAUUUUGAAGACGUCCUCAUACAGUUCCGGCACCGCUCGGAUUUUUUCUUGGUAAAUUGACAUCGCUGGUUAACGGCAGCCUGGUUGCUAGACGACUCAAUCUGCGACGCCGAUGAGAAAUCAGUAACCUCUGUACCGAAAGACAGCAGCAUUUUAACAGUUUUAAGGAAGCUAUGCUCUACAGCCCACGUUACCGUAUGAACUGCUUAUUAUUAAGGAAAGUUAGCUGUCCCAAAACAUUCCCAGUUGUAGCAUAGCUAGCGUCUCUUUUGUUGCCCCCCUGUGUAUUUCUUAGCAAGAGAGGAGGCGACGUGAAGUAAGAUUUGGGAGUUGGGAAAAGAUGACCGAAUUAGAAGUGGGAAAAGUCGAGUUUUCCAACCUAACAUAACAUUUAUUUACUAGCGAUGUUCAGUGCCAAUGCUAAGACGUCUUUUCAGGCGAGUGAUGUCCAAACAGAUGAAGACUACGAGGAGCUGGUUGAGGAUGGCUUCUCGCUCCCUGCUGAUGUUCCAGUAAAGAAAACGAAAAAGAAAGUCUCUUCUGGCAAGCCUCCUCCUUCUCCAGGGUCUCCAUACCUCACCAGUCUGAAUGUGAAUCACAGGAGAGCAGCAGUGGGUGCUUGGAGACUACCAAGGGCCUCUCUGGGGGACACCAGAUUGGACACUCCCGGGGAGACUGGCCCAGCUCGCCUUACUUCCCUCAGCAACGGCCUUGAUGUGUCUCAAACUCUGAGAUCAGAGUGUGACGCCACACCAGAGCUCCUCAUGCAGACCCUGAGCACGAGGAAAUCCAAACAUCUCCGCUCUGCUUCCAACGGUUUGACUUUAGUUACAAGUGAUUUCAUGAAGAAGGAGGACAUGUACGAUGAGAUCAUUCACCUCAAGAAGAGCCUUCAUGAGCAGAAAUCUGACAACCAGCAAAUGAAAGCCAAAAUACGACGCCUGGAGGAAGACAAUGCCAAGAGAGAGAAACAGAUAGAAUCACUGUUGGAUCCUACUAAGGGAUCUGAAUAUACGCGUAGUUUGGUAGAUAGGAAAAGAGAAGGGAGCGUGGUUAUCAAUGGACUGAGGCAGAGGAUCCUAAAGCUGGAGCAGCAGUGCAGAGAGAAAGAAAACGCCCUGAGUAAACUGCAAAGUGAGCUGAGGGCCACCAACCUGGAAGAACUGAAGAUUCGAGUCAAAUCAUACUUUGAGGAGAUCCAGAGACUGAGGAUGCUUCUAGAAGCAACUGAGAAAAGCUGUCGAGCCGAGAGCAAAUGCUCCCAGAGGCAGCAAAAAGCUUUGAGCUCCACAGUUCACCGUCUGACUGAGAACCUGGAGCAGCUUCAACAAGAGAACGUGGCACUCAGAGAAGAACUCAACACCGACAGUCCUGCUGGAGGAGCCAAAGAUUACAGAGAGUGGAGUAAACAGAGACUGUUGAGACGGCUGUUGGAGGUGGAGAAGAGGCUGGAAGACAGCAAAAGACACGCCCAGUCACCAAAGAGCGCCAUCCUAUUGGAUAAGGAAGUCCAGACCACACUCACUGAGAGUCUGGCGUUUACCAUGGCAACAGAGGCAGUGGUCUCCGGGGGAACGCUCACUGAUGAAAGGGAGGAGGUUUCGGAGUUGAGGGAACGCUUGAGCCAAUUGGAGGAGGAGAAAAUGGCACUUGAAGAGUUGCGGUCAAGUAGAGAUGAUGAACUGAAACAGCUGAAGGCUGAAAGAGAAAAACUUGAGAAAGCGACAAAACAGUGGAAAGCUGAACAGAAAAAACUACACGAUGAAGAGAGACAGCAGCAUAAACAGGAGUUGAAACAGUUGCGAACUCGGAUCCAAACUCUGGAGGAGGAAAACAGUAAACUUGCACAGGCUGAGCUUUCCUACCUUCCUCCCACAUUGGCAGAGGAGACUCAGGGCAGCACAGGUGUGAGAGAGGGAGAGGAGAGGGACACGGGGAGCAAAGAGGAGGCAGAGGGAGGUGAGGAAUCAGUCACAGAUGACGGAGAGAAAGAAGAAAUGGAGAAGGCAGCAUUAGACAUUCAGAUAUGCUGGAGGGAGCACAGAAACAGGGACACGGUGAUGCUGCAGUCAGCUUUAAGAGGCCACCUCUUCAGAGACUCGCAGCUGAAGGAGCUACCGGAAGAUGCACUGAAUCAGGUUGAAAAAUCCUCAAACUUCAGCGAUGAAGCUUCCUCCGUUGGCGACACGCUGGAUGAUGACGCCUUGACGAUGAUACAGUCGGCGUGCAGGGGACAUCUGGCUCGAUGUAGUCUUGCACAAGAAAGGUCUGUGCCUUCUUUAAUGGAAAACAAUUUUCCCACGCUGGCACCAAGAGGAAGUGCAUUACCACACCCACCCAGCAAAAACGAUGCUGCAUCUCUCAGUGAUGAUGGUGAAGAGGAAGGUGUAAAGAAAAAUAGCCGGCCUGCGUCUAACAUCUCUGCCUCCAGGAAGACACUCACAAAAGCCCAGAGCGAGUCUCGUGACAUCGAUGAAGACGCCGCUUUCUAUUCUGAUGAUUCUGAUGACAUCAUCGUGUCUCCGUCACGCCCAUCGAGAAGCUGAGUAGUCACUAAGUAUAGUUACUGAGUAUAGUUACUAAGAAGUUUAACUUCUUACUGAAGCUGCAAAUAAAAGCUGGGCUGUUCCAAUAA